CCUCCUACGGAUCCGUGAUGUUGCAUCCUCCGGGCGAGUCGAGGCGCUUGCAAAGCCUCGGCGUCUCUGGUGCCUGAGAUCUGUGGAGGCGUGGGGGGGGCAGCAAUCGGCAGGCACUGCGCUAGCACGGAGGAGGAGGAAAGGUCCUGGCCUUACACCGCUCUCUCUCUCCCGCUUCCAGUAUCAUCCUCGGCAUCACCAUCAUCAUCAUCACUCUCAUCCGUUAGAAGGAUGGGGGGGGGGGGAUGCCGUUAGUUAAUGGCUAGAUCGGUGUUAUCAUUCUAGUAUUAUUAUUAUCAUCAACAACAACAACACACAUUAUAAUAAUCAGUUUACAACAAAAAUAAUAUUAGCUUAUGACUACAUCAGUCAUUUUCAUCAUUCCAUUAUCAUAACCAUCAUCCUAAUCUGUAUUGUUAUUUGUAAUAUUAAAUCUCUGAUUAAUUGCAAAAACCUUGAACGUGCGGCGUUGACAACUGAAAGAGCGCUAGCGAGGCCAGCUAAUAGUCGUGGCACGUACCGCGAUUAUAAUGAUCAGUAUGAGUGACGACACUUCGCCGUUACUGUGCCGGGACCUCGCAUGGACUCGUAUCCUCAGAAUGGACACGGAAUGGUGCUGAAACGGAGCCAAAUUGCCUCGCUCCUCCGGCGCUGGACCAGGGAUCAAACACCAGGUGAACGCGCGAGGGGCGCAAGCGUCUGGGCCGCCCGCUCCUCCGCGCUGGUCUAACCCUCGCACCCGCCGCCCGCCAUCGCGCACGCACGCCCCUCCGCGGCCGAGCCAUGCCUCUUCCGUCGCCGCCACCGCCGCACCGCUGCCACCGCCGGCACCACCACCACCACCAGCGCCGCCGCGCGUUCCCCCUGCUCCUCGCGCUUCACGCCGCCGCCGCCGUCGUCUGCUCGGCCUCGCGGCCCGAGCCUAGCCCGGGCCGCAAGGAUGCGGAGAAGGAGCAGGAGCUGCUGGUCGGGGGGCUGUUCCCCGUGCACGAGAAGGGCGACGGCUCCAAGGACUGCGGCCCCAUCAACGAGGCGCGCGGCAUCCAGCGCAUGGAGGCGAUGCUGUUCGCGCUCGACCGGAUCAACGAGGACCCGCGGCUGCUGCCCGGAGUGCGGCUCGGCGCGCGCGUCCUGGACACGUGCCUCAAGGACACGUACGCGCUGGAGCAGGCGCUCGAGUUCGUGCGCUCGUCGCUGCAGAAGGUGGACGGCACGGACUUCAUGUGCCCUGACGGCACGUACGCCAUCCACGGAGGGAACGCGCAGCCCAUCGCGGGGGUCAUCGGGGGGUCUGACAGCAGCGUCUCCAUACAGGUGGCCAACCUGCUCCGGCUCUUCCAGAUCCCGCAGAUCAGCUACGCGUCGACGAGCGCCAAGCUGAGCGACAAGUCGCGCUACGACUACUUCGCUCGCACCGUGCCGCCCGACUUCUACCAGGCCAAGGCGAUGGCGGACAUCCUGCGCUUCUUCAACUGGACGUACGUGUCCACCGUGGCGUCGGAGGGCGACUACGGCGAGACGGGCAUCGAGGCCUUCGAGAACGAGGCCCGCUCGCGCAACAUCUGCAUCGCCACGUCGGAGAAGGUGGGCCGCUUGACGAGCCCCGACUCGUACAAGGGCAUCGUCCACAACCUCAUGCAGAAGCCCAACGCCCGAGUCGUCGUCCUCUUCAUGCGCAGCGACGACGCCAAGAACCUGCUGGCCGCCGCGACCAGCAACAACACGUCCUUCCUGUGGGUGGCAAGCGACGGGUGGGGCGCCCUCGAGAACGUCGUAAAGGGCAACGAAAAGGCCGCCCUGGGCGCCAUCACCAUCGAGCUGUCGUCGUUCCCCGUGCAGGAGUUCAGCGAAUACUUCAAGUCGCUCAGGCCCAGCGCCAACGAGCGCAACCCGUGGUUCCGCGAGUACUGGCAACACAAGUUCCAGUGCACUCUCCCCGAGCUGCCGCACCUGGAGAACGAGUGCAGCCAGCAGCGGAGCCUGAACGACAAGAACUUUGAGCAGGAGUCGAAGAUCAUGUUCGUGGUGAACGCGGUGUACGCCAUGGCGCACGCUCUGCACAACAUGCAGAGGUCCCUGUGCCCCAACACCACGGGGCUCUGCGAUGCCAUGAAGCCCAUCGAUGGCAAGAGACUCUACAAGGAGUUCAUACUCAAGGCACAGUUCGACGCCCCGUUCCGCAACGACUCGAGGGUUCGCUUCGACAAGUUCGGCGACGGCAUCGGCCGCUACAACCUCUUCAACUACAAGCAGACGGGCAAGCGCUACACCUACACCAAGGUGGGCUACUGGGCCGAGGCUCUGCACCUGGAGACGAGCCGCAUCCAGUGGGCCAAAAACUCCGUGCCCGUGUCGCAGUGCAGUGACCCAUGCGCCAAGAACGAGAUGAAGAGCAUGCAGCCCGACAACUGCUGCUGGAUCUGCAUCCCGUGCCAGCCCUACGAGUUCCUGUUCGACGAGUUCACCUGCUUGGAGUGCAAGCUGGGCAGCUGGCCCACCGACGACCAGACGGGCUGCUACGACCUCCCGGAAGAGUACAUCAAGUGGGAGGACGGCUGGGCCGUGGUGCCCGUCACCAUCUCGUGCCUGGGCAUCGUGUGCACGCUGCUGGUGGCCGCCGUCUUCUUCAAGCACAACGACACGCCCAUCGUGAAGGCCUCGGGCCGCGAGCUCUGCUACAUCCUGCUCUUCGGCGUCUUCAUGUGCUACAGCAUGACCUUCUUCUUCAUCGCCAAGCCGUCGCCGUCCGUGUGCACGCUGCGGCGGCUGGGCCUGGGCACGUCGUUCGCCAUGUGCUACGCGGCGCUGCUCACCAAGACCAACCGCAUCGCGCGCAUCUUUAACAGCGUCAAGGAGGGCGCCCAGCGGCUCAAGUUCAUCAGCCCCGCGUCACAGGUGCUCAUCUGCAUGGCGCUCAUCUGCUGCCAGGUCCUCUUCAUCAUCGCGUGGCUCGUCGUGGAGCCGCCCGGCGACCGCAGGGACACGUCGCUGGAGAAGCGCAACGUGGUGACGCUCAAGUGCAACGUGCAGGACUCCAGCAUGCUCAUCUCGCUGGGCUACGACGUGAUCCUGGUGGUGCUGUGCACCGUCUACGCGUUCAAGACGCGCAAGUGCCCCGAGAACUUCAACGAGGCCAAGUUCAUCGGGUUCACCAUGUACACCACGUGCAUCAUCUGGCUCGCCUUCCUGCCCAUAUUCUACGUGACCUCCAGCGACUACAGGGUGCAGACCACCACGAUGUGCGUGUCCGUGAGCCUGAGUGGCUCCGUGGUGCUUGGCUGCCUCUUCGCCCCCAAGGCUCACGUCAUCCUCUUCCAGCCACAGAAGAACGUGGCGAGCCUCCGCGUCGUCACCAACCGCUUCAGCGUCUCGGGCUCCGGCCCCUCCAGCUCAUUCAGCCAAGUCCCCUGCCGAGGGGUGCCUACCGUGUGCAACGGAAAGGAGGUGAUCGACUCCACGACCUCGUCGCUUUGAGGGCCCCCUGUCGCCAGGCACGAAGCACAGCACGAACGAGCCGCAAGUGGCGGAGUUUACUUUGAUUUUGAUUUCCAGAGUACCUCCAUCCACUGCCCGCCUAAAAACGGCGUGUCCUCAAAAAAAAUAGCGGAGUGAUUCAAGGGAGUGAAGUGGUGGCAUCCCCCCCGGUUACAAAGGUUGCCAUCAGUUCUGGUCUUCACAGGAUUGCCCUUUUUGUUGUUGUAGGGUUGUAAAAUUUGGUUUGCCAGGAUAUUCAAAAUCUUGUUUUUUGUCACUUGCCUAAUAAUACACUGCUCAAGACAAUAGAUUGACAUGUAAUAUCCCAUCUUUCCCUUAUUUCUUAGAUAUUUUUCUCAUGUCCCACUUUUUUUAUUUAAGUUCAGAGGUGGCAAACUGAUGCUGCAGUGUAUCCAUUUUAUUAACAAAACCGCGGUUGUUUCCAUGAAGAUCAACUUUUGGAAUUUUAUUUUUUUAAGCGAUAAACAAAUAACAUCGGAGCAAAAACACAAACCGUAUACAAUUAUCAAGAUAUGCCAUCACUUUUAAAAGUAAUAAUAUUAACAAAAUCCUGACCUGGUCUGGAGGGUGUGGAAGAGCAGUACUGCACUGCACUGCUCCCAGCACAGUGCAGUUCAGUACACAACUAAAGUAAAUGGAACACAUUGCGGUGAUGGAGGUACUGCCCGGCGCUGCGUGGAGACCAAACGACGCACCGGCGUUGCUUUGCAUGCCGCUCGCUGUUUAAGCUUCGCGAGUUCGAGUUCAAAACGUUUCCCCGUGGUUUUUUUUUGUUUAACCCCGAGUACGCACUUGGAGAUGUUUUAGGCGUUCGCCCACUUCGAGAGCGAUGGAAUGAGCCGCGGGGGAGCGUAAACAUGCGAGCCCGCUACCACAAAUUGUCGAAAAGCAGUCCGGCAUAUUUUUGAUCAUCUCCGCGACGAUUUGAGAUCAGCUGGGUGCAGAGUGAAGCAAUUUCACCUUCGCCGACACAGGAGUUUGCGGUUCAGAAAUUCCGCAGGUGCAGUUCUGAUGAGUUUAACGAUGCCCUGUGCUAACCCUCAUUCUGAACUCUGUUGUAGUGGUGUGAUGAACGGAAGCAUUGGAGCAGCAAAUGAGUUGCGCAGAGGUUCAGUUAACGGGAGAGGUUCGUUCAGAGACACAAAAAACAACAACUGUGGAAGAAAUAAGCGGCGUCUUGAAAAAAAACCGUGCCAAUUCACGGGAAAGCUUUGUUGUCCUGCAAGUAGUGUUUUAGUGAUCGUAGGAAGAUGAAGUGAAGUUAAUUUGCGUGGCCAUACAAAUACAAAAUGACCACAUGUUAAUGGUUGUGUGUCAAUGAAGCCGUGACAAGUUAUCUUGAUAAAGACAAACGUGCGUUAUCGAGUUUUUCCAGGACCACCACUUCAUAACAAAAAUCAUUCAGGCCAUCAGGUGCCCAACAUGGGUAUUGUUUUCCUUACAUUUGUGCUACCACUAACAGCAAUGUAUAGUUUGGUAACGAUUUGUAUGUUACUUUACUUUUUACUCUGAAUCAAACUUAAACAAAAAUGACAUUAGAAAUAUUGUCACUAGUUUUUGGUGCCGCCUAUAUGAUUGCAUCUGGUAGACGACACGCCUAUCAAAUGCAAUACAAAUUGGUUUUAUACAGAACUCCAAGCGUGAAGAGAGUGCAGUUAUAUAAAAGCCCGCACACAGGCGUGCACAAAUCCACACUUGCUGUCACUGCGAUUUUUACAGCAUCGGGGGUAGCAAAUGACCUCUAUAAAUGUGCCUCCCUGAAAAAUCAAUUUUCUUAACACUGACCUUUUUUUAAAAAGAAAAUGGCAUUAAAAAUGUAUACGGUAAUGUAGUGCAAUAUCCUGUCGGUACAAAAACAAACACACACACACACACGGACUCGGCAGUGGUUCUUGCCACAGCGUGAG